GAAGCGGUUCGGGAUGAUCAUAGGCUUUAGGGUACAGGAGUAUCGGGGGCAGGAUUAUCUGACGUUUUGGGCGGGAGAGGAUGAUCGUUUACGAGAUCUGUUCGGCCACUCUGACGGGCGUUGUUGGGAGGGUGCGCGCAGUGGAUGGAUGGAUCUACGACAGAAUAGUCCAGGAGAUCGAUAUCAAGACCGUGGAAUAACUGUUCGAAUAGUGAGCGAAUGAGCACUACGGUGUU